AUGUUUGAUGGUUAUUGUAGGUAAAUAAUGUAGCCUAAUCGCGUUAUGUAUAAUAAAUCAGAUUUGGAAUGGGGUUUUCAAAGAUAGGAUUUCUAAUUGCAAGGAUUACAAUGUUCUCUAUUUAAAUGUAAUAAAUAUACCAAAUCAUGCAUAUUGUAUUUGCAUGGUUAGAUUGGAUCAAAGUUGGAAGCUGUUUAAUAUGCUUUUUUUGCAUGUAAAAAUGAUUUCGAUUUUUGUUCAUUUGAUUUUCAAGCCGUUGGAUAGUCUUUAGGAGACUUUGUAACAUUUGGGUAAUUAUUGAUUUUAAUGAAUUCUUAAAGAGGAGGAGAACCUAGCAGUGGUGGUUCGACAUUUGAAGGAGAAAUAUUUGCAUAUGAUUUUGUGGGGAAGGUCGGUGAGCAACCACAGCGUUGA